CCGAUUAUUCUAUUACAAACAUUAGUACUCUUCUCACCUGCGAACGCUAACAGAUUUUAUUUAGCUCCUACACUGGGCUAUUCUUCUUGUACCGAUUACACGAAAUAUCAGAAUUCAAACAUGUACUCCAAACCAAGUGUGCCAGUUUUACUUUUUGUUAUAUUGCUAGUCGCAGAAUGUUUAGCUCAAACUCCACAACCUGUAAUCACUCCUUUGCCGAUACCUUCAACUACUCCGUUACCGUUUUUCAACCCUUACAGACCGAAUUUCGCACCGCAGUUUAUCGCACCAAACCCAUAUAAUAUCGCACCAGCAUUUGUUCCAAUCCUACAGCAGACAUUCGACAUCACACCGGAAGGAUCGUACUCGUUUAGUUACCAAUCGGCCGAUGGAACGCAAAGACAAGAAACUGGUUCUCUAAAAUACCCAACAGUCGCAGGAUUCGAACCGGCUAUGUCUGUUCAAGGAUCAUACUCUUCAUUGACUUCAGAAGGCGCUGCUGUAGAAGUUACUUAUAUAGCAGACGAAAAUGGAUAUCAGCCGUCAGGACCUGGUAUACAUCCAUCAAUUCUCCGAGCGGUUGCACAACAGGUAGAACAAGCAAGACAAGAAAAAUCACAGCCCCGACCCAUUCAAUAAAACCUCAGAAUUAAUAAAUUUUCAAAAAACAAAAAAAAAUACCAAUAAUUACAAUUUGUCAAAUAAUUUUGUUUUAUAUAUUUAUAUGCAAAUACAAUGUAUACCUGUGACCAA